UCGCGACGCAGCGCACCGGCGUACAACACUGCGCAUGUGUUGCAUUUCGCGGUUUCUAUUUUCAAAAUCUAACAUUUUCUAACCUAUCGUCUGUAUUUAAAUUUAGAUAUUUUUUCUAUCUGUGACAAAACAUUUUUUUUACUAUUUCUAUUUGCUGAUUCAAAUAGAUCAAUAAUAAUUAUUGAUCACGAUUACAUUGCAUUAAAAUAAACACAAAUACUGAGAAGAUAUUCAGAUUCAAGGCAACGUUUUAGCAUAAAAGCUAUACUACAGUCGUCUCUUUAAAUGUACAAGUAUUAAAAAAAAGUGAAUUGUAUAGAUUACAUAUAUACCCUGUUGUCGUAAGAAGUCUUUUUUAUCUGUGUUUACAUGAUGUCUACUGCCGUAGAGAUUAAUAGCAUCGACUUCAGCAACCCGGCCACGGACAAGCCGGCUAACCUCGCCAACUCGGCAGUUCUGCGCAUGUUAGAGGAAGAAGAACGCAAUCGCAGAGGAUAUCCCAGCCAGAAGAAAGUAGUGUGGCCACCAGUGCCCGAAACGAACGGCUAUCAUCAGCCGCAACAGCAGAGUCCUGCGUACAACAACGCGCCGCAAUCACCCUCCGUGCAACAACAGCCCCAAUACCAGCAACAACCCCAAUACCAACAACAACCACAAUACCAGCAACAACCUCAAUACCAGCAACAACCCCAAUACCAGCAACAACCCCAAUACCAGCAACAGCCACAAUAUUCCCCACCACAACCUCAACCACAAUACCAAAGCCAAUACCAAUCUCAACCCCAGAAUCAAUACCAGUCUCCACAGUCUCAGUACCAACCUCAAUCUCAGCCGGCGUAUUGUGAGGGUAAACGCCAAGCCGCCACAGGGCUCAGUAAACUAAUCCCAGUCGGACCGGGUGUCACCGCAUCCCCAGUGUCCCCUCCCUAUCGCCAAGGGCCGCAGUCGCCAGGUGCCGCGCAAACCUACCGCCAGCCAAGCAGCCGCUGGACCCCCGCACCAGCCCCUCUUUCUCCUCAGACGCAAGGAUCGCAGCCGAACUAUCAGCAACAAUACUCGCCCCAGCCUCAGUAUUCACCGCAGCCGCAAUAUUCACCACAACCGCAGUCCCAGUAUUCGCCGCAGCAAUAUUCCGAACCUGCUUAUCAGCCACCACAGAAGGUCUACGAGCCUCCACCAUCGACGAUCACUCUUCGCCAGCAAACCCCAAUUCAUCAACAACCACCGCCCGUGUUUGCUAGUCAACCAGCUGCGGCUUCAUUCAAAGGAGGUGUAAACAUGCGGGGUGAUCAAAAAUGGCCACCGCAGUCGGUGAAAGAAGCGGUCGCUGCUGAAAAUGAGGCUAGAAGGCUACUAGCCAAAGGUCCCGCCUGCAGACCGCGCAAGGUAAAUAAGGAUUACUCAACCUUCUUCGCUCAACACGCCCUCAACAACAACUACCCUGGUUACCGGGCGCCUCCUGGCACACAACAUUAUGAAGACCUUACCGGUCGAUCUUCUUACUAACAUAGAAAAUUAGCAUUAUGUCACCCUCGUAAAAAAUAUUCACCAUGAUGUCCUAAUACUCAAUGAUGUUACAUAAUUCUUGAAUUCAUAUUUUCAUUAUGUUACCUUUACAAGAGUCAGUACCAAUAUGCCUAACAACUGAGACAAAGAUAUUGAAGUAGUGAUUUUGUAACAGGACAAUCAUAUGUCGCUGAUGUUAAAAAUAGUACAAUAAAUUAUGGUUAAAACUUAA